AUGGGAACCCGGGCGUUUUCUCAUGACAGUAUUUUUAUCCCUGAUGGGGGAGCAGAAAGUGAGCAGACAGUUCAAGCAAUGUCACAGGACAACCUCCUGGGCAAAGUCAAAACUCUUCAGCAACAGUUGGGCAAGAAUAUCAAGUUCGGGCAGCGGCCACCCAGCAUCAUUCCCAUGAAGAAGGCAGGCAGUGCAGAGGCAAACUCAGAAGAGGAGCUGUUUCCCACCAGUCCUAUGGAGAUUGUGACUCAGCAAGACAUUGUCCUCUCAGAGGCUGAGAACAAAGCCAGUGAUAUGCCAAGUUCCCUGAGUCCUCUGAAUCUGCCUGGAGCUGCAAGUGAGAUGGAAGAGAAGGUCGCUCCAGUUAAACCGUCUCGGCCAAAAAGGCACUUCUCUUCUGCUGGCACCAUUGAAAGUGUCAACCUAGAUGCCAUCCCCCUGGCCAUCGCUCGUCUGGACAACAGUGCUGCCAAGCACAAACUGUCUGUUAAGCCAAAAAACCAGAGGGUGUCAAAGAAGCACAGGCGGCUUGCCCAGGACCGACGGAAUGAGCAAGCUGGCCUGGAGAGUCAGCUCUCCCUGGACCAGAACGGACUCCUGGGAGAAGACAAGCAAACCGGGCAUGAGGAGGAACCAGAGCCCCUGGAUUCCGAAGAAGAGAAAAGACGCCAGGAAGAUUAUUGGCGAGAACUGGAGGCCAAGUGCAGGCGGCAAAAGGCAGAAGCCGCCCAGAAGAGACGCCUGGAAGAGCAGAGGCUGCAGGCGCUGGAGAGGAGGCUCUGGGAGGAGAACAGGAAGCAGGAGCUCUUGGAGGAAGAGGAAGAGGAGGGCGAGGGGGAGACGCUGCAGUUAGAAGAGGAGGAUGAGGGGCCGCGGGAAGAGCAGAGGCGGAGCCUGGAAGCACAAGGUUCUCCGGAGUUGGAGAGGAAGGCGCGGCAGGAGCGUGAGCGCCUGGAGGCCGAGGCCAGGGUCAAGGCCGAGGCCCUGCGACUCGAGGACAGGCUGAAGCAGAGGGAAGAGGAGGAGGAGGAGGAAAGAAAACGCGCAGAGGAGCUGGGAAGGCAGGAGGCGGUGGUGGCGAGGCUCAGGGAAGAGCCGAACAAACAGGAGGAGAUGGAAGUGCAGAGGAGGCCGGGGGAGGAGGCGCCCAGGGAGGCGGCGCCAACCCCGGAGGAAGAAGAGGACUCGGAAGAGGAACAAGUCGACAGAAGGGGCCCGCCGACCCCGCUUCAGAUUGACCUCAAAGAGAAGCCAGAGGAACAAGGUAACCCAGAUCCCCAAAGGCAAGGAGAAAGUGCCGAGGAACCACGUAUUUGCGAGGAGCAGAACCCAGAGGCCGAUCCCGCAGGACAGCCGCAGGGGAAAGAGGGGGAUUUUCCUGGGGACGGAUGGCUUGUGCUUGAGGAGGAGAGAGAAGAAGCGAAAAAAGACCCUCCCGGGAAAGGCGAGGCCCCGGCAGUAGAAACGCAGCUGGCGCCGGUGGAGAAAAAAGAACCUGCAGCUCUUGAAAAGGAGAGGCAGGUGGAGGAACUCAGGUGGCAGGAAGUGGACGAGAGGCAGACCAUGCCCAGGCCCUACACGUUCCAGGUGUCCUCUGGAGGGAAACAGAUUCUCUUCCCCAAAGUCAACCUGAGCCCCGUGACGCCUUCGAAGGACGCGGGACUGGCGUCUGGUCCCCAAGAGCCAAAGGCCACCAAGUCCGGCCCAGCCUCCCACGCCCUGCCCUCGGCCCUGAGCAUCCCCCACACGGCCAUCCUGGUCACGGGAGCGCAGCUCUGCGGCCCGGCGGUCAACCUGAGCCAGAUCAAGGACACCGCGUGCAAGUCCCUCCUGGGCCUGUCGGAAGAAAAGAAGUACGUGGAUGCCUCGGCCGUGGAGCAGUCGCCCCGAGUGCCCAGCGACGCCCGGGCGGGCAGCGGGAAGCCCAGGCCUCCCCACGAGGCCUCCAAUAGCAGUGUGGCCGCACUGGCCGAGUGGGCUUCCAUUCGGUCCCGGAUCCUGAAAAACGCGGAGAGUGACCUUCGCAGCGAAAGAGACCAGGGGAGGCCCGGAGACGAGCCCACCGCCAGAGGCCGCUGCGAUUCCCGGGGCAACCUGCGGAAGACCCCGCCCCCGAACGCCAAGUUCUCUAUCAUGCCUGCCUGGCAGAAAUUCUCUGAUGAUGCCUCGGAGACCCCCAAACAGAGCACGGAAGCUGAGAGCAUUAGGAAGAGACCUUUGGUGGGACCCGGGGAAGAGGCCGCACCCCCGCCUGCCCCUGCCGGCGCCCAGGACCAGCGGAAGAGCCCCGAGAAGCUGGAGGUGCAGCGGGACCCGGCGGACACCACCGACGGCUGCAAAUUUGCCAAAGACCUUCCAUCCUUCCUCGUUCCAAGCCUUCCUUACCCUGCCCAGAAAGCAGUGGCCCACGCAGAGCCCACGAGCACUUCGGACAGCGACAGCACCCAUGGUACAGCAAAGCCAGAGCCCGCGAUGCCAGGUGGGGAGGAAAAGGCCUCACCUUUUGGAAUAAAAUUGAGACGGACCAACUACUCCCUGCGCUUCCACUGCGACCAGCAGGCGGAGCAGAAGAAGAAGAAGAGGCACAGCAGCACGGGAGACAAUGGGGAGGGGGCCCCGCCUGCCACGGGGAGCGCCCCAGGGGAGACGGAGCCAGACGGGGUGGCCCUCAAGCGGGGUCCCUCCCUUCCGCAGGAGAGGAAGCAGGCCGCGUCCCCGCGGAGGGACUCUGCGGAGAGCCCCUCUCCCCUUGUGGCCCAUCCCAGGGUCCCGGCGCCAGAGGCCGACAGGGCGGCGAGCAGAACGCCGUUGGCACAGAAGCCGGCGCUGGCUCCCAAGCCGGCCAGUCAGACCCCACCGCCAUCCCCACUCUCCAAACUGAGCAGGCCCUACCUGGUAGAGCUGCUGGCUCGCCGUGGGGGCAAGCCCGCCCCGGAGCCCAGCGAGCCACCCAAGGAGGGCCAGCAGAGCAGUGACCCCCAGCCCCCUUCGCCCCUUCCUGCCGAGGAAAGAAAGGGACAGAAGAGGGACGAGGAGGAAGAAGUGACAGAGAGGAAACCUGGGUCCCCACCGCUGCCUGCUCCUGAGCAAGAGAAGCCGUCCCAAACACCUGAGGCAGCGAGGAAAGCUGUCGGGGGCAAACAGUUUAAUGCUUCUCUUAUUUUCAGUAAAUGUCCAGAAGAGCCCUGUGUGGAUGUGUUUGGGGCCCGAGAGGCCAAGCAGGCCGAAAAGCUCUCCAAGGAAAACGUCGGUGUCAGCCCGCAGCCUGGAAGCGGCUGCAUCAGCAGAGCUGGCUCCCUGCACAAGCCCACCGCUCAGCCGGAGGAAAAGAGGCCUGAGACUGCAGUGUCGAGGCUCGAGCGCAGAGAACAGCUGAAAAAGGCCAACACUCUUCCCACGUCUGUGACAGUGGAGAUCUCCGAUUCAGCACCCCCAUCGCCGCUGGUGAAGGAAGUCACCAAGAGGUUCUCCACCCCAGACGCUGCCCCUGUGUCAACAGAACCGGCCUGGCUGGCUUUGGCCAAAAGGAAAGCAAAAGCCUGGAGCGACUGCCCGCAGAUUAUUAAGUAA